AAAAAAACAAAGAAAGAAAGGAGGGAAGGAAGGAAAGAAGAAAGAAAGAAACACUCUCUUUUUUCUUCUCGUUUCUCUUCGAAUUUUCUCACCUCCCAAACACCCCUUUCACCCCGAACUCUUGCCCUAGAUUUUCCAACCAACUUAAAAUGCCUUUCCUAUCGGACACGGCGAGCGCGAUUAAGAGCCGGUUCGGGUUUCAUGACCGGUCCGUCUCGGAAUCUGUGCCGAGCACUCCAGAUCUACUGAAAUCCGUCUCUCGAGAUCAUAACCUUGCUUCCGCCCAAUCCUUGGUUGCCAUGUCAGCAGCCCGGAGGAUUGAUGACUGGGAGGAGGACGACAACGGUGGCGUUACAGGAUCAGUGGUGUCGGUGCCGCGGCAUGCUCAGAGCUUUGAGUUCUCCGAGGAUCCUUCAUUCUGGAAGGAACAUAACGUGCAGGUUAUUAUAAGAUUAAGACCGUUAAGCAGUUCAGAAAUAUCUGUUCAAGGGCAUGGCAAGUGCGUUAGGCAAGAAAGUUGUCAGACAAUUACUUGGACCGGGCAUCCCGAGUCACGGUUUACUUUCGAUCUUGUUGCGGAUGAAACUAUUAGCCAGGAAAAAAUGUUCAAAAUGGCUGGAUUGCCGAUGGUGGACAAUUGUAUGGGAGGCUACAACAGCUGCAUGUUUGCAUAUGGCCAAACGGGAAGUGGAAAGACUCAUACAAUGCUUGGAGACAUCGAGGGAGGGACUCGAAGACAUAGUGUUAAUUGUGGAAUGACACCUAGGGUGUUUGAGUAUUUGUUCUCAAGAAUCCAGAAGGAAAAAGAGGUUCGUAAAGAUGAAAAGAUAAAAUUUACCUGUAAAUGCUCUUUCUUGGAAAUAUACAACGAACAGAUUCUUGAUCUCCUGGAUCCGUCAUCUACCAACUUGCAGAUAAGAGAAGAUGUGAAGAAAGGGGUUUAUGUGGAGAAUCUCAAGGAGAUAGAAGUUGCAAGUGCUCGAGAUGUGCUUCAUCAACUUAUUCAGGGUGCAGCAAAUAGAAAAGUAGCAGCCACAAAUAUGAAUCGUGCAAGUAGUCGUUCUCAUAGUGUAUUUACUUGCAUCAUUGAAAGUAAGUGGGAAUCCCAAGGCGUAAUUCACCAUCGGUUUGCUCGGCUUAAUCUUGUUGAUUUAGCAGGAUCUGAAAGGCAAAAGAGUUCUGGUGCUGAAGGUGAACGUCUUAAGGAAGCUACCAAUAUCAACAAGUCACUUUCGACAUUGGGACUUGUUAUUAUGAACCUCGUAAGUAUAUCAAAUGGCAAGUCGCACCAUGUUCCUUAUCGGGAUUCGAAGCUCACAUUUUUGCUUCAGGAUUCUCUGGGAGGAAAUUCAAAAACCAUCAUAAUUGCAAAUAUCAGUCCAUCUCUUUGUUGUUCUUUGGAGACGUUAAGCACAUUGAAGUUUGCACAACGAGCAAAAUUCAUAAAAAAUAAUGCAAUUGUUAACGAAGAUGCAUCAGGAGACGUUAUUGUGAUGCGCUUGCAAAUUCAACAACUUAAGAAAGAAGUGUCUCGACUGCGUAGUUUAGUCAAUGGGGAAGCUGAAAAUCUAGAUAGUGAUACUUCAUCCUUAAGCUUUCUCGGAUCUCCUGGAAGUUUCAAGUGGGAAGGGUUUCAUGGAUCCUCUAGUCCGCUUAUGUCUGAAAAUAGGAUGUCUCAGAAGAAAGAUUAUGAAGUUGCCCUUGUCGGGGCUUUUAGAAGAGAAAAGGACAAGGACAUAGCUUUGAAGGCAUUGACAGCUGAAAAUCAAGCAGUUAUGCAACUGACCAAACAGAGAGAGGAUGAGAUAAAAAGCUUAAAAAUGAUACUACGAUUCCGAGAGGCAGGAGUUAAGAGGCUAGAGGCAGUUUCUGCUGGAAAGAUUUCAGCUGAAACACACUUGUUGAAAGAAAAGGAGGAGCAUCUGAAGCAAAUUGAAGUUUUACGAACCCAGGUUGAUCGCAACCAAGAAGUCACAAGAUUUGCCACAGAAAAUUUGCGUCUAAAGGAAGAAAUUAGAAGAUUAAAGUCAUUUUGUGAGGAAGGUGAGAGGGUGAUGAUGAAUGAACAAAUCAUGGUCUUACAGAAUAAGUUACUAGAAGCACUGGAUUGGAAACUUAUGCAUGAAUCAGAUUCCUUGGCAGUUCAGAAAACUAGCUUAGACAUGAAGACAGCAGCAGUACAUGAUGAUCCAACAAUUUUGAGUCAGGAACCAAGAUCACCUUGUCAAUCUUCAAUUAAUGAGGAGAACGAAUUCCUUCGCAUACAGGUUAUUCAAAACCAGGCCGAAAUUGACUUGCUCCUUAAGAAGUUGGAUUUCUGUUUUGAAGAGAAGGAAAGACUAGAAAGGCAUGUCAAUGAUCUCAUGAUGAAACUUGAAGAAGAGAGAUUUUUUAGAGCCACAAACGAGAAAACAGAGCAACUUGAGCUUCCUUUGUCAACUGAUGCAUCAGUUGUCAAUGUGGAGCUCAAAACAAUGGUUGAUGCCAUUGCCGCAGCAAGUCAACAAGAAGCUGAAGCUCAUGAAAAAGCUAUUACAUUGUCUACGGAGAAUAAUGAGCUGCAGUUGAAGCUUGAAACAUUUAUUGAGGCAAACAAGGAGCUACAGUCAAAACUAAAAGCUUUGAUUGAGGAAAAAAAUAGUCUCAUUGAAAUGUAUGAACGGGCAGCUUCAAAAAGUAACUACAAGAACGUGAAUGAUGAUGAGAGCGAACAAAAUGGCAUGGAAGUUCAUGAUAAUGAUACUCCUCCUGAACUUGCCAACGCAAGUGAGAGGGAGAUGAAAACAGUUGAGAACCUAGAGCAGCAGCUUAUGGAAACGCAUGAAGAAAAUGAAAAGCUGAUGGGUUUGUAUGAGAUAGCUAUGCAUGAGAGGGAUGAACUGAGAAGAUUGCUUUCUUCUGAUGAACAGAACAGUAUGGAAGUUGAUGGAGAGAAAUGUCUUCAGUCUCCUGCAUCUCCACUGAACACGGAACAAGCUUUCAUUGAGUUUGAUAAAGUUCUGAGAGAAAUUGAAGUAACAGAAGAAGGGCUCUUGAUAAAACAGGAAGAGUUUCGAUCCCUUGAGCUACUUUCCUCUGAAAUGCAAGAGAAAAGAGCUCUUGUAGAUAAGAAGUUAUCAGCACUGAGAUAUUCCGUGUCAAGUUUUGCUUCAUCAAUUGCCUACUUUGAACAGCGAGAACACAGAGCAAAGGCAAGGGUAAAUGCUUCAACGUCAUAUCUUGAGAAAAAGAAAGAAGAGUUGGCUCGCCUUCAAGUUUGCAAGGAAGAAUCUGAGGCCACCAUGGGAAGGAUUCAACAAUCUGAAAUUGAAUUGAAGAACGCACUGGCAGUUUUGAAAUCCAAACUUAUGGAGGAGAAUCAGAGACAGGAGAGUGAAAAGGUCCUUUUUGCCAUAGAUAACAUUGAGAAUGUAGACACCUCACAGAGAAAUUGGCAAUUAGGCGGUAAAGCUACAGAGUUAUUGAAGUCCGAGGAAGAGAAAACCAAGAUACAGAAUGAAAUGAAGCUGUCCCGCGAAAAUCUUGGUCUUAUAAAGAAAGAAUUUGAUGUUUUGAGUAAAAAGUUGGGUAAGAUAGAGAGUGAAAUGCAAGUUGUACAAACGGAUAUACAGAAGGGAUCCAAAUCUGUGGAGGAAAUGGAACUUGCACUUCAGGCUGUAACCCACGAGAAGGAAACUCUCUUAGAAAUCAGAGAGGCUGGAAUGCAUGAAAUUCAGAGUAUGAUUCUUGAAUAUCAGCAAAGCGUCUUCAAUGCAGAUCUGAAGGGGGCGGAGAAGGAGAUGUUGGAAGAAGAAUUACAGCUGGAGCUGAGAAGAAAUGAAGAGUUGAAAAUACAGCGGGCAGAAGCUUCUGAGAAGAUGACCAAGCUGUUGGAAAACACAAGCUCCCGUCCAUGCUUUGCUAGAAAAAUGGAAGAGUAGCUGCAGAUGUGUUCAGGUUUCUGCAUGAUAAUAGUAAAAUACAUUUGCACAGGAGCACGUCGUGUGGUCUGAUGCAUUCUUUCUAUGUAUUUUUCACAAAUAAAGUAUUACAUAAAUUAAUAUUUUUCAAUAAAUAA